GUGCUUUCAUUUUUUCUGUUGCAGUUCUGUUUGAGAUUUCAAGAAUAUUAAACACUGGCUUGGAUAUGGAGACAUUGUCUAUUUGCGUGCGGCUUUGUGAACAGGGAAUAAAUCCAGAGGCAUUAUCAUCUGUGAUUAAAGAACUGCGUAAAGCUACAGAAGCUCUAAAGGCUGCUGAAAAUAUGACAGGCUGA